AUGGCCAAAGCGGCGCAUAAACAAAAGGACAACCAUGGGGAGCAAGUUCUCGAAAAAGAUGAGACCGAGAAGAAGCUGGAAAGCCUACUCUUUGGUGACGGCGACGGGUUUCAGAGCGCAUUAAAGGAUGGGCGGGACUACAACUCGUUAGCCCUCACGACAGUUUCCGAUGAAAGCGCAGAUGAAGCGGAUGAAGUCCUGGAGGAUGAGGAUUUGGACGAGCUUGACGACGCAGAUCUUUUCUUCCUUGAUUCUGGCGCCGGACCUGUAUCUACGGAACUCGAGCCCUCUGCUACACCCGCCGAGGCUGAGAGCGAAGGCGAGAACCUUGAUGAACUCCCCCCAUUGUGGCACGAUAGCGACGAUGAGCGCAUUACGGUUUCGCUAGCUGGAAACAACAGGCUGAGAAAAUUGCGUAUCAACGAGUCGGAGGACAUCAUCAGUGGAAAAGAGUACAUUCGGCGACUACGCCGGCAGUAUCUGCAGCUUCAUCCGAUCCCCGACUGGGCGAACCCGAAGUUGAACAAGCAGACGGACGGGGAAGAAGAUGACUCUGAUUGUGUGGAAGAGAUGGAUACAGAUGAGGAGGAAGGGAUGUCCGCGCAGCCGCUGGCGAAGCUUCUUCAGAGUAUUGAUUUCACAAAGACUGAAACCACAAACUCAACAGGCGGUCGGCCGAAGCUGCGCAAGGAAGUCAUUGGCAUUCAACGACUAAAGGAUAUUGGAAAGGACCAGCCGUCCGCUGUCAGCUCGCUCACCUUCCACCCUCACUACCCAUUAAUUCUCUCCUCAGGUCCAGCAUCAACGCUCUUCAUCCAUCACGUCGCCCCGGACGCUCCAAGCCCCCACCCACUUCUAACAUCCCUCCACAUCCGCCAAACUCCCAUCAGCACCUCCACCUUCUCUCCAGAUGGACACCAAAUCUACGCCUCGGGCCGCCGUCGCUAUUACCACAUCUGGAAUCUCAACAGCGGUAAAGUCGACAAGAUCAACGGGUCCGCCGACCGCCGCGAGGAACAGAAGUCAAUGGAGCACUUCAAGCUCUCCCCCUGCGGCCGCUUCAUCGGUAUAAUCGGCUCAACCCGCAAGGGUGGCGGCGUCAUUAACAUUCACAGCACCGUGACAGCGCAAUGGACAGCACAGGUGCGCGUCGACGGCCGCGGCGGCAUAGCGGACUUUGCCUGGUGGUCUAAUGGCCAGGGUCUCACGGCUGUCAACCUGAACGGCGAGGUGUCUGAGUGGGAUGCGCAGCUUAAUCGCAUCGUCGCGCGCUGGAAGGAUGCCGGUGGCGUUGGCACAACCGUUCUUCGUCUCGGCGGCUCAACUGAGCAAGACGCUCUAGGUGGGGACCGCUGGGUCGCUAUCGGAAGUAGAUCGGGCAUUGUCAACGUCUAUGACCGCGCGCAGUGGGCAGCGUCCUACGCUUCCCUCCUCUCCUCGAAUGGUGACACAUCCACCACUAUUCCUCGAAACCCCGAGCCCGUGCGUGCGCUUGACCAACUUGUGACCUCUAUCAGCCAUAUCGAGUUUGCGCCGGACGGGCAGUUCCUUGCCAUGGCUAGCGAGGUUAAGAAGGACGCGCUGCGUUUGGUGCACUUACCAGACUGCACUGUGUAUCGUAACUGGCCGACGCAGAGCACACCGUUGGGACGUGUCACAUCUGUGGCCAUCUCGCCGAACUCGGAGUAUCUGGCUGUUGGUAAUGAUCGGGGCAAGAUUCGGUUGUGGCAGAUCCAGGGAUAG